AUGUUGAAGCCCAAUGUUUCUCUGCGCUCGUCGACACCCGCACGCCGUACCCUCGUUGCACCCCCUCAACCAAACAGCGGUCCCUUGCUCUCACGACGAGCUGACCGAGAGCUACCCUCACUUGGCUCACACAGACGGUGGCUACGCACUAUACCAAUAUUUCUUGCGAUAAUUGGCGUGUCAAGUCUCGCGAUAUUCAAUUACCAGAAGUCUUCAUCCAGUAUCGUUAGCAGUACGUUGUACGCUCUGCGACACUCUCCCAAGGCCCGGGAGCUCCUUGGAGACGAGAUAUAUUUUGCACAGCAGAUACCGUGGAUAAGCGGAGAGAUGAACCAGCUUCAUGGCCGUAUCGACAUUUCGUUCUGGGUCAAGGGAACUCGCGGCAAGGGAAAGAUGCGAUUCAAGAGCACGAGAGAGAGCAGAUUAGGCUAUGUUGUAUACUUUGACUGUGAACAUGACCGUACUAACAUGAACCCUAUACAGUUCAACACCGAAAUAUGGAGCCUUGAGAUGGAAGAUGGCACGGCUGUGCCGCUACUCAACCAGACCGAAGAAGAUCCAUUUAAGGGUGCAAUAUAA